UACCUGCCCGAGAGCCGCUGCCACCCUGGGCCGCGCUGAGGGAAGCUCCUCCCUUGCGGCAGCUCUCGGCGGCCCCGGCGGGGGCGGGGGGGCCGUCCCGACCCUUUCUCGGGCGGAGGCGGUAGCGGCGUGUGCGCCGCUCCGUGCCCCGCCUCCCGCCAGCCUCCCCGCCCCCGCGGUGCCGCCGCUGCCCGCUCCGGCUGGUGGCGCCCGGGCUGCUGCCCGUGACCGCUGCUGGCUGCCCGCGGUGCUGCCGGGCCUGCGGCACCGGGCGCUGGAGCGGCCAUCGCCGCCCGCCUGCGUGCUGCCGGGGCCCGGGCUGGCUUCGCAUCGCCGCGCCACCGCUUCCCCGCUGCGCCAUGGCGACCGACGGUGCCUUUCCCCUGGGCUGGAGUGAUGUGGGAGCUACUGGUUGUGUAUGAAGGACAAGAAAUAAAGCAAUUGAUAAAGGGAAGAAAUAAAACAUCUGACAAAUGGAAGCCAUGAAGAUAUCAAAGCGGUUCUUUGCUUUUGGGAUUUUGGCAUGCAUAGCUAUUUAUGUUGCGUACAUAAAAUGGCACUUGGAUUCCAAAUCAAUGGUGGGAGCCACAGAAGGAGUUGCUGAGAGCAAGGGAGACAAACUGAACCAUCAGGCAGUGACUACAGAUCUCUCAGUCUUUUAUGGAAUUAUGUUUGAUGCAGGAAGCACAGGAACUCGCAUCCAUAUUUUUAAAUUUACACAGCAGCCUAAAGAGACUCCCAAAUUAACCCGUGAGACAUUUAAAGCACUGAAGCCAGGUCUAUCUGCAUAUGCUGAUGAUGUCGAAAAGAGUGGCCAGGGAAUAAAGGAGCUCCUGGAGGUGGCGAAGAGGGAAGUUCCGAUGGAGCUGUGGAAGUUUACUCCUCUGGUCCUGAAAGCCACAGCUGGCCUACGGUUGCUGCCGGGAGAGAAAGCUCAGAAGUUGCUGGAUAAGGUGAAGGAGAUUUUUCAGGCCUCCCCCUUCUUUGUGCGGGACAACUGCGUGUCAAUAAUGAAUGGAACCGAUGAAGGUAUUUCAGCCUGGAUCACAAUAAAUUUUUUAACAGGUAGCCUAGAUGAUCCGCAGAAGAGAAGUGUAGGGAUGCUUGAUUUGGGUGGUGGAUCAACACAGAUCACCUUCCUUCCACGCACCGAGGCAACUCUCCAGACAUCACCAGCUGGCCAUACAACUUCAUUUCGGAUGUUUAACACCACCUACAAGCUGUAUUCGUACAGUUACCUGGGACUUGGGCUGAUGUCGGCAAGGCUUGCCAUUUUAGGAGGAGUUGAGGGAAAACCCUUAGGAGAAGGAGAGGAAUUGAUCAGCCCUUGUUUGCCACCUGGCUUCAAAUCUGAAUGGCAACAUGCUGAGAUAGUGUACAAAAUUAAAGGACAGAAGGCAGGUGAGCCUCUGUAUGAGUCUUGUUCUAAUAAAGUGGCAAAGAUGCUCUACAAAAAAGUGCAUAAAGCUGAGGAAGUGAAAGACUUGGAUUUUUACACUUUCUCCUACUACUAUGACCGUGCAGCAGAGGUUGGUCUUAUAGAUAAAGAGAAGGGAGGAAGCUUAACUGUCAGUGAUUUUGAAAUUGCAGCUAAAUACGUAUGCAAGACCAUGGAAAUCAGCCCUGGAAGCAGCCCGUUUCUCUGCAUGGAUCUCACGUACAUCACCUUCCUCCUGCAAGAGCUGGGCUUCCCGAAGAGCCAAGUCUUUAAGCUUGCCCGGAAGAUUGACAAUGUUGAAACGAGCUGGGCGUUGGGAGCCACUUUUCAUUACAUCGACUCACUCAAUAGGCUGCACUACUGAAGCUUCUUGGAGGCGACUUUCAGGAAUCUCAGUUUUUGGAAGCCCAACUUGGAGAAUCUCCUGAAGGGCCUGCUUUUGGCUUCCAGAGACCUUUGGUUGGUCAUCAUAAACUAGGCCCCUUUCCUCCCACCCCCUGCCAGUUCCCUCCAUCACUAGUUCUUUUUGACAGUGCAGAGUGCAGUGUCUAAAGAAUAAGCCUUGAUUUGACGGCAUCUGCAGUCAACUUGAUGUAAAACUUGAUCGUUGCUGAAGGAAAACCAGGACUCUGUAGGACACUAUGAUCUUUAUGAGAAAAAUGCACCAUUUUGGAAUAUGCCUGUACUAUGUGCUUGUACUGUGCUGAAGUCGCUGUAGGAAAUGUUCACGCCAGAAGGAACUCUUUGCCGUCCUGAUUUCAGGUGUUUUUUCCUGUUUGUCAGCAUUUUUCAGUGAUGAUUUUUAUUUUACUACUUCUGUGGUUGAAGGUGAACUUGUGUGUGUGUGUGCAAAGAUGCUGACAGGCAGCAGCUUUGAAAUGCAGUGUGGAAGUCUGGGCCGUGCUUUCCAGUUGCUGAAACAAAAGCACAGGAGCACUCUGGAAUCUGAUAUGGACUGAGAGUCAGAGCCUCUGUGGCCGGCAGGGUUAAAGCCUGCUGCCUCAUGUGGCUUCCGGGGCUGUUGGAAGAUGGAUGCUGGAGGACAACAUGGGAUUUGCUGGAUCUGGAUGAGCCAGGCUCAGGAGUUGGGUACAGGGCUGAUGGUGGGUUUGAUAGUUGUAGAGCUGGUCAGGAUUAAGGUUGGUGAACAAGAUGCAGCCAUGAAAAUAAACCCUGUGCAUGGCUUAUUGGACCUCACAGGUGCUUUUGUCUUGGCAAGGUUGGUGCAGGGCCCAGGAUGAAUUGCAUGUACAUGGUGUUUUGGGUGCCGCUUCCUGCAGAUGCAUCUCACUGGGAUAAAUGAAUGUUGUGGUUGCACUGAGCCGUGGCAGGGCAGCUGCAAUGCACCACUCCAGCAGUGCCCUGUACACUGGAUGGGAGCAACCUCGGAGGCAGCAGGAACUGGAGGGGAUGUGCUGCACUGUUUGUAAUCUAACUGUGGAAUUGUGUAGUGUUUGUGUGGAUGUUCAGAGCAGACCCCCUUGGUCUUUUGGGGGUGCAGAAGAGACCCUGGCGAGCCAGCAGCGCCUGUCUCCGCUCAUGGGCUCAUGGCCACAGCUGUCCCCUUUCCCUGGGGCAGCACGAGGUGCUGCAGUGGCGCAUGGUGCUGCUGCCUCUGCGGCCGAGUGUACUGGGGGUGCUUGAACCCCACUGUACUGGCAAUAAAACUCCGACUGAAAAUGAAAA